AUGACCCUUUCAUUCAGCCAAGUCCCCUCCGGAGCAAAGAUCCCUCCCACUCCGUUUCAGAUCCACGUCCCAGACGAGGAUCUCGAAGAGCUGCAGCUUCUAAUCAAACUCUCCAAGAUCGCCCCUCCCACGUUCGAAAGUCAGCAGGAGGACCGGAAGUACGGUGUCACGACCGAAUGGCUGACCCAGGCUCGAGAGGCAUGGAAGUCUUUUGAUUGGAGAGCCGUGGAAGACCACAUCAACGGCUUCCCUCAUUUCAAAUACUCCGUGGACGAAUUGGACGUCCACCUGGUGGCUCUGUUCUCUGAGAGGCCAGACGCUAUCCCAGUUCUUCUGCUUCAUGGAUGGCCAGGGAAGUUUCCUCCGUCUUCCAUCCAUACCAGACUUACCUACUACCUACGAAUACUAACCAAAACUCAACCAACAGGCAACUUCACCGAGUUCCUCCCCCUGCUCUCCCUCGUCAAGGAGCGGUAUACCCCCGCCACCCUCCCCUAUCAUUUCAUCGUGCCCUCGCUGCCCGGAUACACGUUCUCCUCGGGCCCCCCAACAGACAGGAACUUCGGGACCGAAGACAUUGCCAAGGUGAUCAACCAGGUCAUGGUCAACUUGGGUUUUGAAUCCUACGUCGCACAGGCGGGUGAUAUCGGGUCGAAGGUUGCGCGCAUCUUGGCGGUCGAUUAUGAGGCUUGUAGGGUGAAUGGCUGUUUUGUCCAGAAACCCGCCUCCGUCGCCGACUCCGAGCUUUCGGACUCCGAGACCCAGAAUCUGCAGCGCGCGCAGUGGUUCGCGCUCUGGGGAUCGGGCUAUUUUGUGGAGCAAGGAACCCGUACUAGUACUAUUGGUAAUGCUAUUGCGACGAACCCGGUGGCGUUGUUGGCUUGGAUCGGCGAGAAAUUCCUCGACUGGGUCGAUGAUCGGGAUCCGCUUCCCCUCGAGACGAUUCUCAAAUCGGUGACACUGUACUGGCUGACAGGAACAUUGCCACGGUCGAUUUAUACAUAUCGAGAGGCCUUCCCACCCCCACCUGUCCUCCACGCCAUGGACCCAAGAUGGUAUAUCCAGAAACCAUUCGGAUACUCAUACUUCCCUAAGGAGUUGAUCCCUGCACCGAAAGCGUGGGUCGCUACGACAGGGAACUUGGUGUUUUGUAAUUAUCACGAGAAGGGAGGACACUUUGCGGCACUUGAGCGGCCUAAGGAGCUGCUUGAUGACGUUUUGGCGUUUGUGGAGCAGGUUAGAGGGGAUGUUGUUCGGACAAGGGUCUGA